CCCCACUCACCGCCCACAUGUGCCCUCCAAAAAAAAUCGACCUUAUCGGGUCCUUUCCAGCAUUCAGAUCAAUCCUCGCGUUUCCAACCAUAGCCAGUAACGUCGACAAUGGAGACAGCCGAUCUUCUUCCCCUGCUGGAGCAGCUGGAUGACAAUAUUGACGAUCUCGAGGAAUCCCUGCAGCCCAUCUUGAACGGCUCCGUUCUGGAGGCAUCCAAGAACUUGCCGGUGCUGGACAAGGCCAAAUUCCAUGUCCUGGUGACUUACGCGCUGGAGUCGCUCAUUUUCUCCUACCUGCGUCUCCAUGGCGUCAAUGCCAAGGACCACCCCGUCUUCCGGGAACUGACCCGCGUCAAGCAGUACUUUGAGAAGAUCAAGUCGCUGGAGACGGAGCCCGAACAGCGAACCAUGCGACUCGACAAGGAAGCGGCUGGUCGGUUUAUCAAGCACGGACUGGCCGGUAACGAGAAACUAGACAUGGCGCGCAAGGAACAGGAAGCCAAAGAACGGGCGCGCGCUCAACUAAAGGCAAAACUGCUCGCGAAGAAGAUGGCUACGACGUCGGACAACUCACCCAGCAACCCAGCCGGGGACUCCGAUGAGGACUCGGAUGAGGCGUCUGCUCCGGACGAUGUGUCCGCCCCCUCGGGCGACUCGAAGAGCGAGAAAAAGAAGACGACAAAGGAGGGGAAAGGAAAAGAGGAAAGCGACGGUGACAAGCCGUCCAAGUCGAAGCGCAAAAACGGCACCAAAGAGGAGCAAACUCAGAAGAAAAAGGACCGACGGAAGAGGAAGAGCGAUAAGCGCAAGGCAGCACGCAAGGAGAAAUAAGUUGUUGGCUUCUGGGACUGCGACUUUCGGGUCCAACUAUCCGACACAUGCUGUUUAUCGGCUGCGCCGAUUCGACGGUCUUCUUGCCGAGAGCGUGCCAGCGUCUAGAAUCGUCCUCCUCCGAUGGCGACUGGUUCGAUGCACGCGACAUGACCACACUAACCUAUAAUACCCAUUCUCACCAUCCUCCGCCAGCGCUGGUCUGGGUUUCGGACGAGGAUGAUGUCCGGAUACGGGCUAACAGCACUCUAACCCUGAGAGAAGGGUGGCAGGCACUCAUAGCAGAUCAAGUGAUACACCUCUUAUACCGACGACAUAGCCAUACACUAGUAACUAGCUCUCGAAACUCAUACUGAACUGAUACUCG